UGCUACUACUACUACUCCUACUACUACUACUACUACUACUCCUGGCUCUCUGUACCCUCAGCCAGUCUGUUGUUGACCUCUCAGUGAGCAUGUCGGGUGGUGUUAGUGUUUGGAGGGUAGUGAUCUGGCUGGUGCUGAGCCUUGUUCUGGGGCUCAGUGGAGGGGGUUCAGCCCUGAAGAUCUGCACCUUCAACAUCCAGUCCUUUGGAGAGAAGAAAAUAGAGAAGCAAGAGGUGGUUGGUGUCAUAUUGGCUCUGAUCGCUCGCUGUGACAUCAUGCUGGUGAUGGAGAUCAAAGAUCUCAGUGGGAAGGCUUUCCCUCAGCUGAUGACUCAACUCAACAGUGACUACAGCUCCAGGAAGAAUGAGUAUAACUAUGUGAUCAGUGACAGACUGGGACGUAAGUCUUACAAGGAGCAGUACGCUUUUAUCUACAGACAGAGGCUGGUGUCAGUAAAGGAAGUGUACCAGUACCCUGACACCCAACUUGGAGACGAGGAUGCUUUCUCCAGGGAACCUUUCAUCGUCUGGUUCUCUUCCCCCAAAACAGUCGUCCAGGACUUUGUGAUCAUCCCGAUCCACACCACUCCAGACACGUCCGUCAGGGAGAUAAAUGAACUGUAUGAUGUGUUCCAAGAUGUCAAACAACGAUGGACCUCAAAGAAUGUAAUCAUCAUGGGCGACUUCAAUGCGGACUGCGGCUACGUACCCAAGAAGCAGUGGAGCAGCAUCCGCCUGCGGUCUGACACCAGCUUCCUGUGGCUGACGGGUGACACCAUCGACACCACCGUCAAGGAGUCCACAGACUGUGCCUAUGACAGGGUUGUCCUCCACGGGGACAAGAUGAUCCAGGCAGUCAAGCCAACCUCUCUGGAUGUGUUUGACUUCAGACAGGCCUAUGGACUAACCGAGCUACAGGCCCUGGCGGUGAGCGACCACUACCCAGUGUGCAUCACUGUGAAUGCCGCUCCGAGGAAUAGGGGUUAACGUCUUGUCCUCGUAACGGUCCCUUCCUGAGGACGUCUCGGUGUCACCCUGGUGGUCUGUGUGCGUCCUGCAGUGUUUGCUUUGCUCCAGUCCAGAGCCAUCAGGCCCCCUGCAAGAUCAAUUAAUCACAGAAUCAUGGUUACUGAGCUACACUGUGUUCUUCAAGGUUAUUAUAGUUUUGUGUUUUAUAUUUGUUUUUAUUUCUAUUAAUAUUUUUUUGUUGUUGACUUAAUCUAGUAGUUUUUAUUCCAUUUGAGUUUUCUAAAAACAUUUCUAUUUGGUUUUGAUAUUAUUUAGUUUCAGUUUUAGUGUUAGCCUGGGUGGCUAAUAGCUAGGAGACAUGUAUGUGUUGUAGGUUGCAUUACUAGUAGUCUCAGACCUAGAUUACAGAUUAUUACAGACCUAGACCCAGAGCAACAGACCUAGGCCCAGAGCAACAGACCCAGGCCCAGAGCAACAGACCCAGAGCAACAGACCUAGACCCAGAGCAACAGACCCAGAGCAACAGACCCAGGCCCAGCGCAACAGACCCAGAGCAACAGACCUAGACCCAGAGCAACAGACCCAGAGCAACAGACCCAGAGCAAUAGACCCAGAGCAACAGACCUAGACCCAGAGCAACAGACCCAGAGCAACAGACCCAGAGCAACAGACCUAGAGCAACAGACCCAGACCCAGAGCAACAGACCCAGAGCAACAGACCUAGACCCAGAGCAACAGACCCAGAGCAACAGACCCAGAGCAACAGACCUAAACCCAGAGCAACAGACCCAGAGCAACAGACCCAGAGCAACAGACCCAGAGCAACAGACCCAGAGCAACAGACCUAGAGCAACAGACCCAGAGCAGCAGCACUAUGACUGGGGAGGAUGUCAGAUUUGAUAAUGAAGCUAGGCCUAAUGAAACAUUACCCAGAGCAACAGCACUAGACCCAGAGCAACAGCACUAGGCGAGGAUGUCAGAUUUGAUAAUGAAGCUAGGCCUAUUGAAACAUUACCCAGAGCAACAGACCUAGACCCAGAGCAACAGACCCAGAGCAGCAGCACUAGGGGAGGAUGUCAGAUUUGAUAAUGAAGCUAGGCUAAUGAAACAUUACCCAGAGCAACAGCACUAGGGGAGGAUGUCAGAUUUGAUAAUGAAGCUAGGCCUAUUGAAACAUUACCCAGAGCAACAGACCUAGACCCAGAGCAACAGACCCAGAUCAACAGACCCAGAGCAGCAGCACUAUGACUGGGGAGGAUGUCAGAUUUGAUAAUGAAGCUAGGCUAAUGAAACAUUACCCAGAGCAGCAGCACUAGGGGAGGAUGUCAGAUUUGAUAAUGAAGCUAGGCCUAUUGAAACAUUACCCAGAGCAACAGCACUAGGGGAGGAUGUCAGAUUUGAUAAUGAAGCUAGGCCUAUUGAAACAUUACCAUCUCCUGGCAGCAUUUACUUGACAGAUUCAGAAGCUUGAAAAACCCCAUUAGAAAAAAUCUAAAACUGAACAUAAUUUAUGAUGGUUUUUAUUUUAUUUACUUUAGUUUUGGAAUCAAAGAUAAUAGUUAAAGUACAGUUUUAGUUUUUAAAGAGGGUUUCUUAAUUAUUAUAUAUAUAUAUAUAUUUUUUAAUAAAUAGUUUUUUCAUGAUUAGUUUUAGUUUACUAUAAUAACGUUGGCGUACUUUGCUCCAGCCAGCACUCAGAGGUUUAUGUGUGUGUGUGUGUGUGUUUCCUUGUUGCUAGGCGACCAGCUGUGCAUGUGACCAGCUCAUUUGAAGCAUCUUGCUUUUCUUCUCCUGCUGCUGCUUUGUUUACAGCAUCACAUGGCAGCUUUUCCCUGCCGUCCUAUUACCUAAUAGAUAAUACAUAAUAGGAUGCAGAAAAACAAAGCAGGCCGGUCAAAAGUAGUGCACUAUAUAGGGAAUAGGGCCCUGGUCUAAAGUAGUGCACUAUAUAGGGGAAUAGGGCUCUGGUCUAAAGUAGUGCACUAUAUAGGGAAUAGGGCUCUGGUCUAAAGUAGUGCACUAUAUAGGGAAUAGGGCCCUGGUCUAAAGUAGUGCACUAUAUAGGGAAUAGGAUACCAGAGUCAUGUUAAAAACACCUGACGGCUUAUCCAAAUGUAAAUGAUUAUUUCCUCAGUUGAACCAGUUUGUAAUAUGUCAUGUAGCAGUGUUCUUUUAAGGAACAUUAUUUAUAGCUAACAUAUGUCUGUAUAUCCUAUAUCAGAGAAUACAUUUGGUAUAUCCUAUAUCAGAGAAUACAUUUGGUAUAUCCUAUAUCAGAGAAUACAUUUGGUAUUUCCUAUAUCAGAGAAUACAUUUUGUAUUUCCUAUAUCAGAGAAUAUAUUUGGUAUUUCCUUUAUCAGAGAAUACAUUUUGUAUAUCCUAUAUUAUCAAGAGAAUUGUAAUAAUAAAGGGUAAAACCUUUGAGGGAAAAUUAAAGAUUCCAUUCUCCUGGCAUAGAAAGUGUUCCUCACAACUACUGAUCUACCAUUGGCCGGUGAUCUGUAGUCUACAGGUGACUGAAAUAGACACACAGAAUGUAGGAACUGCCAUUUUGCUACUCCAUGUUAAUGCAUGCUGUGUUUGAAAGUAUUGCGUUGCUUUGUGAUAAACAUGCUCAAACAUAAAACUA